AUGCGAGCUACGACCAGCCUACAAACGUGCAGCACGCACCUGAAUAUCUGGGCGUUCUCAAAUUCCACGAGGAACGCCUCUGCUGCGAGAAUUGCUGCUAAUGUGGGAAUUUGGUCGAGCGCAAAACACCCCUACCCUUGGCUCACCGCGCCUAGUGGAGUCUGCGUGUUCUUUCCUUCCUUUUUUGCACCGCGUCAGGUCAUUCGGGAGAAAUGCAUAGGCUUCGUCCUAGGCGAAAACAGGAGCUCCUACACGCAGAGGGACUGCAUCAUCUACGCCCUGGGAGUCGGGUGCAGUCAGGAUCCCCUUAACGACACAGAACUCCCCUACACGUACGAGCAGCAUGCAGACAACUUCAGGAUCAUCCCGUCCAUUGCGACGACGUUCCCUGCCUUUGAGCGUUUAAUGGAAGGCCUUGAAAAAUGCCCGGGGUUGCCCGACUUCAAUCCAAUGAUGCUGCUGCACGGUCAGCAGAAAGUGAUGCUCUGCCAGCCUCUUGAAGACACGAUUCCGAACUUAGUCACCCGUGCGGUGAUCAAAGACGUAGAAGAUAAAAAGUCCGGCGCGGUGAUCACAAUAGACUGCGACAGCACCUGCGAGAAGACGGGCACUCUCAUCUGCCGCAACGAAUGCAAGUUGUUCAUCCGCGGAAUCGGGAACUUCUCUUCGGAAGGGAAAUCCGAGAAAACUUCAAAAGAGGAACCGAAGGCGCGCCUCAGAACCCAGCGCUCAAGUGUUUCUUUCCAGGGUGCCCCUGCUUACACCUUCACAGUUAAGACGCCUGAAAACCUCGCUCUCAUCUACCGUCUCAGUGGCGACACAAAUCCGCUUCAUGCAGACAAGCAGAUGGCAGCGCUUGGUGGAUUCAAGCGUCCCAUACUUCACGGCCUCUGCACCUUCGGCAUCGCGACCCGUGCGAUUAUUCACGCCCUGCUAGAGAACGACCCGACCCGCGUUCUGUCUGUUUCGGGGCGCUUCAGCGCUGCCGUGACCCCUGGCGACGAACUCGGCGUGCAGAUGUGGCCGCGAAAAGGCGCAUCUUCUGAAUCGGGCGGGGACGAGAUUCUCUUCAACGUCAUCAACAAAACCAAAGACGACCAAGUCUGCCUCGAGCAGGGCGUUCUGAUUGUCAGGAAUCCUGGCGUGCACGUGUCCAGGCUGUGA